AUGUUUUCCCGUCGUGCUCUCACCUCCGUUGCCCGUGCUAACAGAACUGUUGCUCUCAGAUUCUACUCCGAAGGAGCCACCGGUGCUCCUCGUUCUGACGGAUCCGGCGAUGCUUUCACCAUCCAAGGUUCCGCCGUGUACUGCCCCCAAGACUCACAUACUAAUUACAGCUCCCCUCAACAGAAGCGCGAAAAGGCCCAGGAAGACCUCUACAUCAAGAAGCACCAGGCCGAGCAAUUGGCUGCUCUCAAGGAGCAAAUCAAGAAGCAAAAGGAGAGCUUGGACGAGUUGGAGAAGAAGAUCAACUCCAUCUAA